AUGCUAUCUACACUCCGCGGAAAAGUUAUUAGCAACAGCGGCUGCACGAAGAAAGGUGUUUCGAUUUUAAACGCUAUUCAGAGGAGGAAUAUAUCGAAGGACACACGAUUUGGUAGCGAUGCCAGAACUGCUAUGCUCACAGGAUGCAACAAGCUGGCCGACGCCGUGAGUGUGACGCUGGGGCCCAAGGGGCGCAACGUGAUCAUCGAGCAGUCUUUCGGGUCACCAAAAAUCACCAAGGAUGGAGUGACCGUGGCAAAGAGCAUCGAAUUUAACAACAAGCUGGCAAACCUCGGUGCGCAAAUGGUAAAGCAAGUAGCAGCCAACACAAAUGACAAGGCAGGAGAUGGAACAACAACAGCCACCAUCCUAGCCAGGUCGAUAUUUCAACAAGGAUGCAAAGCUGUAGACUCAGGAAUGAACCCAAUGGAUUUGUUAAGAGGAAUAAACAAGGGAGUAGAAAGGGUUCUGGAAUAUUUAAAUUCAAUAAAAAAAGAUGUAACAACAACUGAAGAAAUAUUUAACGUAGCUAGCAUUUCAGCCAACGGUGAUAAAAACAUAGGCCAACUCAUAGCAGACACCAUGAAAAGGGUUGGAAAGGAAGGCACGAUAACUGUUACGGAGGGAAAAACUUUACACCAUGAACUCGAAAUUGUAGAAGGAAUCAAAUUUGAUAGAGGUUAUAUUUCACCAUAUUUUAUUAACAAUAGUAAAGAUCAAAAGGUAGAAUUAGACAAACCAUAUAUCCUAAUACAUGAGAAAAAAAUUUCCAGUGUUAAAUCAUUACUACCUAUUUUGGAACAUGUGUUACAAAACCAGUCCUCUUUAUUAGUAAUUGCAGAGGACGUUGAUAGUGACGCCUUGGCCACGCUGAUAGUGAACAAGCUAAGAUUAGGGUUGAAAAUAUGUGCUGUUAAAGCCCCUGGAUUUGGUGAGCACAGAAAGGCCCUUGUACACGAUAUUGCUGUAAUGACAGGAGCAAAAGUGGUAACGGAAGAAGCAGGACUGAAAUUAGACGACCCGGAUGUUGUGUCCUAUUUAGGAAAAGCCAAGUCAAUUAACGUAACGAAGGAUAGUACCCUUAUUAUGGAGGGAGAAGGGAAAAAGGAAGAAAUUAAUGAAAGAUGUGAAAGUAUAAGAAAUGCCAUUAAAUCAAAUACUUCAGAUUAUGAAAAGGAAAAAUUACAAGAACGAUUGGCCAAAAUAACUGGUGGAGUGGCUCUGAUCAAAGUUGGAGGUAUAAGUGAAGUAGAAGUGAACGAAAUUAAAGACAGAAUACAAGACGCUCUAUGUGCAACGAAAGCUGCUGUGGAAGAAGGAAUCGUCCCUGGGGGAGGAAGUGCAUUAUUAUUUGCUUCCAAAGAAUUAGAUUCGGUGCAAACGGAUAAUUAUGACCAAAGAGUCGGUGUAAAUAUUAUUAAAGAUGCUUGUAAGGCACCCAUCAAACAAAUUGCAGAGAAUGCAGGACAUGAAGGAUCAGUAGUUGCUGGAAAUAUUUUAAAAGAAAAAAAUCAUAACAUCGGAUUUAAUGCCCAGGAAGGAAAAUAUGUAAAUAUGAUUGAGUCUGGUAUUAUCGAUCCAACCAAGGUUGUCAAGACAGCCAUUUCGGAUGCAGCUUCUAUUGCUUCCCUUAUGACCACCACUGAGGUAGCCAUUGUCGAUUUUAAGGACACCAAGACGGACGAGAACAACUCACACAUGAACUCGGUAAAUUCGAUGGGAGAGAUGGGAGGCAUGUACUAA